GCCACCCACCGUGCCAACAAGUCCGCAGGGGACCUAGGACUUCCGCACGCGAGGAGCUGUCUAAACUGGCCACAGGUUCUGUCUGCAGGCCAACCACGGGGUUGUGAAUGAAGGCGGCUCCCAAGCAGGUACUUCUCCUGGGGCACCUAGGAACUCCUCCAAUAGGCGUCGCUGUCUUACAGUUCUUCAGCACCUGGGGGCUUGAGACUGAGCUCAGGUGGGUGCUACCUGAGGAUUCUAGGUUCUCAUCCUGCGCUGGCACCUCGGAGAGGGAGUGCUGUGGCCCGAACGUCCCCGCUCCUCCUCCCAGGCACGGGUUCGGGCCCCAAGGAGGGCUCGGGCUCCUGUGCUGCACACGUGCGGAUCUUUCCUCCUCCGCUAACCCCCUACCUGAAGCUCUUGAGCUCGGAGGGAGAAGGGGGCGGGGUCAGCUCUGGAGCCGGGAGAGGCGGCGGAGCUGGAGUCCCCGUAAGUUAUUCCGGAGGAACAGAAGGGCUGAGACUGCAGAGCUUGAGCAGCGGCCAGAGAAGCAGGGUACCGGGAUGUCGGAUCAGGGAGGAGGACAGCGGGAGGUCAGUCCCACCAGGGCGCCCAAGAAACACACCGCCUUUAACAUCUGGCGGAUCAAGAAGAAGCACCAGCAUCCAGCGAACUAUGGAGUCUUCGUUCCCCAUCCUCCGCCUCCAGUCGUCUCAGAGGAGCCCGGGACACCUACCCCCAGUGUUUUGGAGCCACCUGUUGAAGAUCAUGAAGCUUCUCAAGAAACCUCAGAAUAUACAAGACAUUCCAGAGAACUCCAGCCCUAUGAGAUCUCCCCUGAGGGCUCUUCCCUCACAGAGAUCGGAAUCCUCAAAAAGUCCAGAGCACAACCACCAGAAGAGAAGAGGAAACCAGUUUUGGGGAAACUUGGAAACCUGUUCACUGCUGGGAGAAGGCGGAAUACCAGGAAUGGAUCUGAGGGUUCUACAAACUCAGUUCCUAAAUUAGUUUCUCCUUCUAAGCUGUCAGAAAAAGAGAAGGAAAAAAGUAAAUAUGGCAUUCAAUCAAAAAAUCCAGAUGGAUCUGUAGAGAGCUCAUCUACAGGAAAAACACAUGAGCCAGAGAAUGACCAUGCAGAGGACCAGGGCCAAACAAACUCUCUUGAUGCUGAGCUGUCAUCUUGCUUGAGCAACAGUGAAACAGUGGCUGUACAACUCUGUGAUGAAAGUGAUUCAUCCAAAUUAGAACCUUCAGAGCAAGAAAGAGACACUUUCCCAGAUCCCACAGCCACUGCCAAGGACCUGCCUCCCAAUCCAGAAUAUUCCUCUAGGCAAGAGAACUCAGAGAGCCUUGCUUUCAGUUUGGAGAAACUUUCAGGUAGUAGUCACUCAAGCGAGGAGGAUAAAAGGUGUCUAACCAAUGGCUCUCCAGAAGACUCAAACAGCCAUCCACCUGAAAACUCGUUCAUUUUAACCUGUUUACCAAAAGAGCUGGGUGGAAAUUGUCUAAGUAAUUUGCAGAUUGAGAGCAGAGACAGUAAGCCUGAGUUUUCGCAUGCAAUCUCAAAGGCUGUGCCAUGUGCUUCAGAUUCCAAAACCAACGAGCGUGCACACCCAGCUAAAGUUUUAACUUUGGAUAUUUAUCUGAGGAAGACGGAGGAGGUAUCCCCCGUAGAUGAACCAGUGGUUGUUUCUCUAGCGGAAGAAGAUUGCAGUGAUUCUGAGGAGAUGGAAAAGCGGUCUAAUGGCAGAAGGUCAGGGAGGAGGAGAAAAUCUCAGAAAUCGACUGACGCACUCAACGGAGAUAAAGUUCCGGUUGAGACUGUUACAAGUGAAGACUCCGUAUUUGCUGAGGAUGCCUCACCCGCUGCAGUGGCAGAAAAAGUCUCUGGGGAGAAGAAAGUAAAAUCGCCGCAGGCAGGAACUGCAACAGCAGCAGCAGCUGCUGCUGCUUUACCUGAAAGGAGCGCUUUGGGAUCUGGCCCCGCGGACUCCAAGGCCGGGGCUGCACACCUGAAAGGACACUCGAAAGGAGACUCGGACAAAGGCAGGCAGCCCCAGCUCCCCUCCACUUCCCCUACCAAAAGGAAGGGCAGAAGCCGUCUGCCUGAAGCUACCCCCCUCUCACCUCCUGGAGGCUCUAAAAAUCAAGGCAAAGAUUCUCCUCCUAAAAAGCAAUCCGGGGCGGCCCCGGACGGGAAUUCCGCUAGUACAUCCAAGGCACCCGCAGCUGGAGAAAAGGCAGCGCCCGCAGCUGGGGAAAAGGCAGCGGCCGCCGCUGGACCGGGUAAUGAGAACGGGGAGGAAGGGGCGGUGGCAGCCAAGGUUAUUCCUCGCGAGCUCCCCGUAAAGAGCAGCACGUUGCUGCCCGAAAUCCGCCCUGAGCACAAGAGAAGCUCUUUCCUCAACCACUUGGAUGGCAAAGCCGAGGGGGGCAGAAACAGAGGCGAGCUAACGAGACUGCCAGCCAGCUCUGACCCUGACAACUGCAAACACAGAAACCACUUGGGUGCUGCCCGAGCAACUGUUACCACUAAAAUUAAUCUCCCAGCCAAACCCAAACAUGUGGAGCUGAAUUUCAAAGCCCCCAAGAAUCUUGAGGGCUUGGGAAAUGAUCAUAAUCCAUGUAGCCAACCAGUUCAUAAAGGAAAUACAGCCAACAAGAUUUCCUUAUUUGAAAAUAAGCGUGCUAGCAAUAGCCCAAGACACACAGAUAACCGAGGUGUGAAGAGCGUACCUUCAAAGACUUUUGUUGGUAGAGCAAAGCUUAAUUUAGGGAAAAAAGUCAAGGAAAGUGAGCAACCUGAAAAGAAAGGAAAUAUGCAAAACAAUCACCCAAAUGGUGGCUUGUUGAAAGAAGCCUCCACAGAAAAGAAUAUUCCACCAGAAAAUGAUAUUCUGCCAGCGACUACAAAUCAUGGGGAGACUGUUGAUUGUCAGCUGGGCCACACUGAGAAGGCAGAUGUUCAAAGAGACCCUGCUUGCCCUUUGGAACAAACAGGUGCUGCUCAGAUUCCAACUAAAGACCCAGAAAUCCUUGGAGAAAACAAUUUGGAGACUGUCAACAGCACAGCACUUGUGUUAGAAAACAAAGUUGACCUUGAUCGGGAUAAUAAAGAUUCAGCUCAAACAGUCCCAUUAAAGCCUGAUGCAGAUGUUCUCAACUUGCAUCCUACAGUAGAGAUUUCUCAUGGUCCUUCCAACCAGCAGCUAGCAUCUGUUUCCAUGGCAACUAAUGGUAAUACCUCUGUAAGUUGUGAUGGGGAUGCAUCCCUGGCUAAUAGCAAUUCUAGCACUGAUGUGAAAGAACAGUCCCAGCCAUUGUCAGCUUCCAUAGGUCACACAAAGUGUGACUUGCUUGUCUCAUGUGAAAAUGAAAACAAAAUGACAGCAACUGAACUUGGUGACAAAAUUGCUGUGAGUGCAGAGCAGGAUUUAUUAAACACAGAAACUAAAUCGCCAUCCAAAGUUCUUGUCCAGGUUAGGUCAUUUAUGUUACCUGUGGAAACUACUCAGGGUCGAGCCCCACAUAUCAUUUUAGGUAGCUCAGAAGUCGAAGAAGUUCGAUUGACAAGUUACUAUAAUGAUGAAAAUGAAGGUGAUUCUUCUCACAGCUGCACUUAUGUAAAAAAUGAGGGGCCAGACACUAAGACCACCUCACCCAAGGAUGUAGAAUGUGGAAGAGAGCACAUAGAAAAAUCUGGCCUACAAUCUGAGCCUGUGGAGUUAGAGAAAACUAUGUCUAUACUGACACCAAGUAAUGACAGCAAAGUAGUUAGGGGAACUGAGUCAAGUCCUAUCAGCUCACCUAGGAGCAAAGGCACUUUAGAACUUUUACCAAAUCAAGUCUUCAAAGAUGCUGAGAGCAGUCCUGCCAGUGUUAUGAAUGUUUCUGUUGGGAGUGAUGACAGUUCUUUUGAUUCUUCUUCUGAUAUGGAAAAAUUCACAGAAAUCAUUAAAAAGAUGGACAGCUCAAUUUGUGUACCUCAGAAGAAAAAAAAGGCCAGGGUACCAAACUCUCCUGCACCCCACUUUGCCAUGCCUCCUAUUCAUGAAGACAAUUUAGAAAAAGUGCUUGAUCCCAGUGUAUUUACUUUCGGACUGGGGAAAAAUAAAGAAAACCAGCAAGACAUGUCACCAGGUAUGCAUCUCCUCCAAGGUCUAGAUUUAAAAUCUAAAUUGAGACCUAAGCGUACUUCUGCAGAACAGAGUAUUCUCUUCAAGUCUGGGAACACUCCUAGCAAAAAUGAAUUCGUGGAAUGUUUGGAUACAAAUGGAAAGGAGAAUAGGGAUGUCAUAAAUAGUGGAAUUAAGAGAUCUAGGCUAGAAAAAAGUGCUCUUUUCUCCAGCAUGUUAUCUUCUCCUGUACCCAAAGAAAAAGUCUUCUCACCAUCAGUGACAUCAGUCAACACGAUGACCACAUCUUUUGGCACCUCCCAGAACAGUUCUCUCUCGCCAAAGUCUGGUUCUGAUGGAAUAUCAGGCCUUUCCACUCAACCCAGUGUUUCAGAAAAUGAACUUCACAAACCUCCAUCUGCCAACUCUUCAAAGGUCUUUAACUUUGACUCAUCAAGUAAAUCAUUUUCAGGUUCAAGAAGCCCAAACUAUGUGGAAAAAUACUUGCAAACCGUUGAAACUAAGAGAGAUCCAGAUUCACGAAGUAACGUGACGUUACCAGAAACUAGACUUUCUGAACUUUCCAAGAAUAAGAACAAUAAUGGUGUAGAAAAAUCGAAUUCAUUUGAAAAUGCUCUUAAAUCACAGAUGCCAAACUAUGGAAGCACUGAUACAGAUUUCAUGAGUUAUUUGAAAUCUAGUAUAUAUGAACCAAAUAUUUCCCUAGCUGGAAUGUCAUUAUCAGACAACCUGGUAUUUAAUAGAAGUAUGCAAAAUAAAAUCAAUCCUCGACCUGGAAAGGUGGUGAUAUAUAGUGAACCCACUUUCUGUGGGAACUGCUUUGAAGUGUUCAGUGACAUUCCUGAUUGUACCUCUUGGAGUCUGUCACCAGUGAUCAUUGUAAAAGUAGUUCGAGGAUGCUGGAUUUUGUAUGAGAAACCAAAUUUUGAAGGAAAUUCAGUUCCUCUGGAAGAGGGAGAGUUGGAGUUAUGUGAUCCCUGGGGAGUGGAAGAUAUUUCUCCAGAAAGUGAGGAGAAAGAAUCUGCUAAGCCCCUGGUGAUUGGUUCAAUUAGACAUGUGAUUAAGGAUUACAGAAUUAGUCAGAUUGACUUAUUUACUGAACCAGAAGGGUUGGGAGUUGUAAGUUCCUACUUUGAUGACACUGAAGAGAUGCAGAUGUAUGGUGCAAUGCAGAAGACAUGUUCUAUGAAAGUGCAUUGGGGAACAUGGCUGAUUUAUGAAGAACCUGGUUUUCAGGGUAUCCCUUUUGUCCUUGAGCCUGGAGAAUAUCCUGAUUUAUCCUUCUGGGACACAGAAGAAGCAUACAUUGGAUCAAUGAGGCCCCUGAAAAUGGGUGGUCGAAAAGUUGAAUUCCCUUCAGAUCCAAAGGUUAUUAUUUAUGAAAAGCCUUUUUUUGAAGGAAAAUGUAUGGAACUAGAAACAGAAAUGUGUGAUUUCAUCAUAGAAGGAGAUGAAACAGAAGAAGUUGGAGAAGAUAAUUUGCCAUUGAAAUCAAUAGGGUCUAUAAAAGUUCUAGGAGGCAUUUGGGUUGCUUUUGAGAAACCAGGAUUUACAGGACAUCAGUAUUUGCUGGAAGAAGGAGAAUACAAAGAAUGGCAAGAUUGGGGUGGCUAUGAUGGAGAACUGAAGUCUUUACGGCCUAUAUUAGGUGAUUUUUCAAAUGCUCACAUGAUAAUGUAUAGUGAAAAAAACUUUGGAACCAAAGGUUCAAAUAUUGAUGUAUUAGGAAUUGUUGCCAAUUUAAAGGAUACUGGCUAUGGAGUAAAGACACAGUCCAUUAAUGUAUUAAGUGGAGUAUGGGUGGCUUAUGAAAAUCCAGAUUUCACUGGAGAACAAUAUAUACUUGAUAAAGGAUUGUAUACUAGUUUUGAAGACUGGGGAGGCAAGAAUUGUAAGAUCUCUUCAGUUCAACCUAUAUGUUUGGAUACCUUUACUAGUCCAAGGGAAAGAAAUAAAGUUCACUUAUUCUCAGAACCUGAAUUCCGUGGUAGUAAUAAAGUUUUUGGAGAAACUACUAAACAGAUUGAAGAUUCCUUUUCUGCCAAGUCUUGCAGAGUUUUGGGAGGCAGCUGGGUUGCUUAUGAUGGAGAAAAUUUCUCUGGUAAUCAGUAUGUAUUAGAAGAAGGACACUAUCCUUCUCUAUCUGCAAUGGGAUGUCCUCCUGAAACGAAUUUUAAGUCUCUUCGCUAUAUAGAUGUUGAAUUUUCAGAACCAGUAAUAGUUCUUUUUGAAAGAGAAGACUUCAAAGGAAAAAAAAUUGAACUUAAUGAAGAAGUAGUCAAUCUCCGCUUCCUGGGAUUCAACACUCAAAUACGCUCUGUCCAGGUUAUUGGCGGCAUAUGGGUCACUUAUGAAUACAGCAAUUAUAGGGGGCGGCAGAUCUUGCUGUCACCUGCAGAAGUAUCCAAUUGGUAUGAAUUCAGUGGCUGCCGCCAGAUAGGUUCUCUUAGACCUUUUAUUCAGAAACGGAUCUACUUCAGGCUUCGAAAUAAAGCCACAGGGUUAUUCAUGUCAACCAAUGGAAACCUAGAGGACCUGAAGCUUCUAAGGAUACAAGUGAUGGAGGAUGUUGGAGCAGAUGAUCAGAUAUGGAUUUAUCAAGAAGGAUGCAUCAAAUGCAGGAUUGCGGAGGAUUGCUGCUUGACCAUUGUUGGAAGUCUUGUGACCUCGGGUUCUAAACUGGGCCUGGCACUUGAUCAAAAUGAAGACAGCCAGUUCUGGAGUAUUAAGUCUGAUGGCAGAAUCUAUAGCAAGUUGAAGCCAAAUUUAGUUUUAGAUAUCAAAGGGGGUACACAAUAUGACCAAAAACAUGUCAUUCUCAACACUGCCCAUCAAGAGAAAUCGACACAAGUUUGGGAGGCCUUGAUCCUGUAAUCUUGGACAAAGAAUACAAAAAUAUUCUGAAACUACAGCUAGAAACUUAAAUAGAUGGAGUAGUGUUGGUGAAAAACUGGACAUGGAACAUUCAAUUUGAAUUCUAAACAACCAGCAUUCAGCCUUGAAGCACAUCGUGCCUGGGAAAUUUAUUCCAUCUUUUCAGGACCAAAGUUUGCAUUUGUACUAUGGCUUGUCACUGAGUUUUGGCAAUUCUGACUCUGUCCUACUCCGUAUUUUUUUUUUUUUUUUUUUUAAGGAGCCACUUAACAAGAUUGCCUUAUUAGCAGAUGUUUUGUGUUACUGGAGACUUGUUAAUAUCGAAUCUGUCUGUUUUAAAUUAUUUCUUAAAAUGUCUUGACAGAAAAGAAUGUAAACAUACUAACCAAAACAUUCUGGACUCAUAAAAGAAGCUGAACUGUACAAAGGUAGGGAACAGUGGAAACUAAAAUUUGCAAUAUAAAGGAUAGCUCAUUCACCAGCUUAAGUUCCAGCUCCAUGCCUGGCAUCCAGAAGGAAGCUUCAUGUUUGCUAAAUUGUUAAAAAGAAAUGUAAAUAAUUUAUUAGGACCAUGAUUGUGGUCCUCAAGAUUUGGGAGCUAUUAAUUAUGCCACACCAGGCACAACAGGGACACUCAACACAAAGCUUUAGGUCAUGUAUAUUCAUGAUGUGAGAAAUCAUUUAAGUACAGUCAAAACGUUUUUUGAGGCAAUUUUUUUAAAAAAUAGCAAUAUCUUCGUGGUACUAGCUAGUCUUUGCGUAUCUGUGCCACUGGCCCAGUAAAUACUCCUUGGCCAUUAUAUACCUAGCAGUACAAUGGUGUAUGGUCCUAUAGUUCUGAGUGAAUGUUACCUGCUUUUUGGGGGCAGAUGGCCCUUUCUUACAAACUUAAAAAUGUUUCCAUUUGUUUUUUCAUCUUUAACAAUGUGAUCCUUCUCUUAAAUUCAAAAGCUUCCAGGAAAAUGGGUUCCAUCUCCAGUCCUGUUAGAUGACUUACUUCUUUUUGUGAAAGUAUAUUGGACCCUGAAACCCUUAUCUAUCUAGCUCCAGAAAAAUGGAUAGACAAACCUAGUACUUGAGUGGGUAAACAGCCCAUCAAGGCAUCUUUGGGGUUGGGUGCCCAAAGUGAAGUAGUUGAGCACAUACAACUACUAAGUAGCUUACAGAUAAGUUGGCCAAAUUGUAGUUACAUCCCUUCCUGCAAUCAUUAACCAGAUCCUAAAGUCUGCCUGAUAGCAGGAAACUUCUUAUAUAAAAGGUAAAGUUAAUUAAAAACUUUAAAAUAUUGGGGCAUCAGGGUGAUUUUUAUUAAUGCAGUGUGCUAGUUUUCACCACUACAGUGGAUUCUUUGCUAGACUUUUCCUUCCUCACCCCAACUAUUGCUCAAUUCACAGAACAAUGGUGCUUAUGUUCUUGUCUCUAGUGAAGCAAAUCUCUCAAUCUGACUCUUGAGUGUGGUAAAAAGCGAGUAUUGAAAUUUUGUCUCUGAGAUUGAGAAUAAACAGCCUGUCAUGAUAGAGGUGCAAUAUAUGUCUGUCUUUCUUUAAUAAACAUUUCCUCCUGGUUUUAA